AUGUCAAACUUUCAGCCUCAUUUGUGCUUGAAAGGUAUUAAGUCUAGAUUACAAUGUUCUUAUUUUACAGGUACACCUGCAAUUAAAGUUUUAAUGCCUGCACUUUCUCCUACAAUGGAAGAAGGAAACAUUGUGAAAUGGUUAAAGAAGGAAGGUGAAAUGGUGAAUGCUGGAGAUGCACUGUGUGAAAUUGAAACAGACAAAGCAGUGGUUACCAUGGAAUCAAGUGACGAUGGCAUAUUGGCAAAAAUACUGGUAGAAGAAGGAAGCAAAAAUGUACGCUUGGGCUCCCUAAUUGGUCUGCUGGUAGAAGAAGGACAGGAUUGGAAGCAGGUUGAAAUACCAGCUGAUGCUAAUGAUCCAUCUUCUCUGGCAACACCUGCAGCUGCUGUUACCUCAACUCCUGCAAGUCCUUCGGUUUCAGCCCCUCCUAAAGUGGAACAUCAACCUGGAAAACUGCAGUUUCGCUUAAGUCCUGCAGCUCGCAACAUUGUGGAGACGCAUGGGCUUGAUCCAAGCAGCGUUACGCCUUCUGGGCCUCGAGGAAUCUUCACUAAAGAGGAUGCUCUUAAACUUCUGCAAGGGAAGCAGAAGGGUAAACCCAGUGAAUUGAAACCUGUGGUUUCUCCGGCUACUCCUCAGCCUACUGCAGUGCCUUCUGUUUUGCCGGCAACAGCUGUGGCUUCUGCUUAUCCAAGGCCAAUAGUUCCACCAGUUUCUACACCAGGACAACCUGCUGCACCGGGAACAUUCACAGAAAUACCAGCUAGCAACAUCCGAAGAGUUAUUGCGAAGAGAUUAACAGAGUCUAAAACUACUAUACCUCAUGCAUAUGCUGCUGCUGACUGUGACAUUGAUGCUAUUUUGAAAUUAAGAAGUGAAUUGGCUAAAGAUGACAUUAAAGUAUCUGUAAAUGAUUUUAUUAUCAAGGCAGCUGCAGUUACCCUCAAGCAAAUGCCAGAUGUGAAUGCAACAUGGGAUGGAGAAGGCUGCAGGCAGCUGCACUCCAUUGACAUUUCUAUUGCUGUGGCAACAGACAGAGGUCUCAUUACACCAAUCAUAAAAGAUGUUCCUGCCAAAGGAAUACAGGAAAUUGCUGCCUCUGCAAAGGCUCUAGCAAAGAAAGCAAGAGAUGGAAAACUGUUACCUGAAGAGUACCAGGGAGGAUCUUUCAGUAUCUCCAACCUAGGUAUGUUUGGCAUCAACGACUUCAUUGCAGUCAUAAACCCACCACAGGCCUGCAUCCUAGCCGUGGGUCGAGCAAGACCAGAGCUCAAGAUUGUGGAAGAUGAAGAAGGGAAUGAGAAACUUAAGCAGCAUCAGCUCAUGACAGUGACUCUCUCAAGUGAUGGUCGUGUAGUAGAUGAUGAACUGGCCUCAAAGUUUCUGGAAACCUUGAAAGCUAACAUUGAGAAUCCAAUACGUCUCGCCUUGUGUUGAACUCAGUGAAGAUUGCUUCCUGAUUUGAUUGAUUCCUGAUUUCACUGAACUCAGUGAAGAUUGAUUCCUGAUUUGACAGAACUGUUACAGAAAAACAAACCCAAGUAAGAAUAGAGAGAGUAAAUAGUGUGAGAUAGACAGUUAAAAUAUUUAAUUUAUUGAAUUAACAUGGAAAAUAUAAAUUUUCAUGCUUUUAGUCAUUUCCAGUGACCAGUUUUUAUAUUGUAAAGCUAAAGACCUUAAAGUUAGCACAUUACAUUUCUUUAAACAUUUAGUACUAAUAGCACAUAACGUGUGCAUAGAAAUUAAAUUUCUUCUGUAAAGAAAAGCUUAAAAAACAAAACUAUAUAAAAUUUAAAAGGGAAUCGAGGUACUUUUAAGGGCUAAAUAUCUAGCUUUUACAGUGAGGUAAGCACGAACUGUGAUUAAGCAAUAUGCUGCUGAGUCCUGAUCAAUACUGAGGUUGUGGAAUAGCUGACUUCAAUUGCUGCAGUAGUUUCUUUCAGUUUGCAACAGGCUUCUAGCACAUUUUACUAUCCAGCUUAGACUGAAGAAAAGUUUGUGAAAUUUUAACGAAGAUUUCAUUGAAUUCUGACAUAAGAGCAAAGAAGUCAUAAACCAAUUAAAGGUUUUGUUUAGUUACAUUACAGAUUUAACUGUUCUUUAUCACCUUUACUCUAAGCUAUACUGGGCAAAGUGAGAUGAGUGUGGAGAUGAAUAAGGAAGAGAAAUGACAGGAAGUUCUGAGAAAUACUAAAUUAGAUCUUAGAUAAGAAUGUAAUUUCACAGAAUGUGAAGUAACCUGAUGGAAUCUCCAGCUACAUUUAUAUAAUUAGAUCUCAUUAAUACACUUUUAAAUAGUAGCUGAAUCUAUCUUUUUUCAGUAUUGUAAGAUUGCUGCUUUAUUUCAUACUAUGCGGAGGGUGGGGAUGAGAAUAAACUUGUCUGAAAUGGAUGAUAUCUCACUGGUUUUAGAUUUCACGGAUUCUAGUUUGAUGUCACCAACAUCUGAGGAAAACAGAAUUUUGUGCACCAGUUAAUUAGUAAUACGUUUUACUUUGGUUUAAUAAAAAAAAAAAAGAAAAAGAAAGUAAUCAUUGAAUUUAGCAGCUGUCCCAACUCAGAAAUCAUCUUCAGUACCACAAAAUGUGAAAAAUAUUGUUUUUGGGUGUUCAUUGAUAUACUGUUGUUAACUUAAAACCCAAGGCAAUUAUGCCAGCACUGUUGUGAUGGAAAAAGUGGCUUUGAUCAGAGGUUGCAGUAUAAAAGGUCAUUUUUUGCACACUGAAAAUCUGCUGAUUAAUUCUGUUUUUCCAAUGCAUUAAUGACGUAGGUGUGAAAUAAUCCAUUGUGAGUCAUAUAUUGAAUGAUAACUCAGCUGGAGGAAUAUGUUCAGUGGCAUGAAGCUUAAGUGAACAGAGAUAGUUUUCUUCCUAUAGAUAAAUAUGUAUGUGUUUGUAAUGAAGUAACUGCAUUUACAGAACCUGAUUAUAUAAGUUCAGUUGAAUUCUGAGAGUCUGUAUUAUUCUGGUUGUUUUUGUUAAGUUUUGGUUAUUUUACAGAUUUGUAGAACUUGUUUAUUGAGCUGCUGCCGUAAUUAAAAAGAUAAUUGCAAGACAAAAACUUUAGUUAAUGCUGAGUUCAGCGUUUUCACUAAAUGUUUACUACUUUGUCUUGUUAUGAUGCCAUAAAUUUCCUAAAUUGUUAAUGUAACAGUAGGGAGGAAAGAAACUUCUGAUUACCAGGUUUAGUCUACUGUGUAAUAAUGGACAUAUGCAUUGGUAUUUCCUGGAGUUUUACGCUAAUCAAUUCUAUUCAUGAUUGUGUGCUGAAGAUUGAUAUUUCUCAAUAGUGUUGGUGUGUGAACCCCAGCACUUCUAUAACCUACUCCCUGCCUGGCCACAGCUAUGGGCUGCAUGACUGAUGUGCAUAUAAAACUGUAAUUCCAUGUGUUUGUGUUCGUGUAGUGCAAGUCAGUGUAUUGCUUUUUGUUUGGAGCCACUGAAAGGCACUGUUGUGUGUGUAUACAUAUCAUUUGUUGUGCCGUUUCGUUCAUGUGAGUGCUAAUACUUCCCUUAUUUGACACAAAUAGGUAAAGACAAUGCAACUUCUUUUCCAGGUUAAAUAAACCUGAAACAACUUUUGAACGGGGCAAAUCUGUCAGUAAGGCUAAUGCAAGUUUUAAGUCUGUUUCCUUUAUAUAUGCCUGCUAGCCAGCCUUGUCAUUUGACAGAAAAAGGAUGUGUGUGAUUUGUCAGUCAUCAGCAUGUGAAGGACCUCUGGAAUUUAGUCAUAUUACAGUAACAGUCAGAUCUCAAAUAAAUGCAUCUCCAUAAGUAAUUGUACCAUUCAACAACAUUUACACCUUUAGCAAAAGUGAGAUAUUACUAGCUGCUCACACAAAUCAUAAUAAACAAUGACUUUCUUUAUUCAAGAAAUCAAGAAUUUGGUAAUGAGGCCAAUGGUUGAAAUGGCCCAGAAAAUGAACCAUGUAAAAUGUUUAUGCUUACUUUUGAAGCAAGUUUGCCUUGGAGUAAAAAUUUCACAGAUAAAAGUACAAAUUUUUGUGUUUUAUUCUUUAGAAUGACAUCUACCAACAUCUCUUUUAGGUACCUGAGCAAGAAAUACCAUGAAAACCUCUCUUUUUUUCUUGAGUUAAAACACUAAAAUUUAAAAUUUGAGGUCUGUGUUAUUGUUGGCUGGGAAAUGUCUGCCUUCAGGAUAUGCUUGGUGAAAAUUGCUUUCUUUGUAUAAUUUUCCUCUGAAGAAGGCAUAGUUAGGAAAACUAAAGGAUAGCUAUUUUGGACAUUGUGAUUGUUGGCAAGUCAUGAACUGCACAUGGUACACUUCAAUCCUUAAUUUUACUCUCAGAAUCUUUGGCUUUUUUUAUUUCUUUUUUCUGCCAUGUAUUCCUUUUGCAAUAAAAUUUCUGGAAUGAA